CUCCGGCUGGGCCGCGAAUCCCCGCACGAGGGCGGGGCGAUCGCGGGGCCGUCGGCACUCCGGGCUGCCCGCUGCGUUCCGCGGCUUCGCCCGGGCGGCACGGCCGCGCUCACAGCACAGCGCUCCCGCGGAGCCCCGACGACCCGGAAGCGGAAGUGCGAGGCGGCGCGUCGCCAUGGCAGCGGGCGGAAGCGGAAGGCGCGGCGCUGAUGGCGGCUGCGGGGGGCGCGGCGCUGUGGCGGAGGUUAGCGGCCUGGCUGCCGCGGGGUCCUCCGGGUCUGGCCGCUCUGCUCGGCCGCCUCUCCGACCGCCUGUCCCGGGGCCGCGACCGGCGCGCCCGCAGCUCAUCAUGGCUUCUCCUGGCCCCACUGCUCACCCCACCGGUUCCUGUGAUCACAGCCAUGCCUUGCUCCCUUUGCCCAGAAGGAGCACACAGGUUCCAGUGGAUCAGGAAUCUGGUUCCAGAGUUUGGGAUCUCCAGCUCUCACGUCAAGGUGCUUUCUUCUCCAGCUGAAUUCUAUGAACUCUUGAAGGUGCAGAUAAAAACAGCCCAGCAGCGAGUGGUGAUGGCUUCACUGUACCUGGGAACUGGACUCCUUGAACAGGAGCUGGUGAAUUGCUUAGAAGAAACACUGGAGAAAUCAUUGCAAGCAAAUGAAUCACCAAACCUCAGAGUUUCCAUUCUUCUUGACUACACCAGGGGAUCUCGGGGCAGGAAGAAUUCUCGCACAAUGCUGAUCCCACUGCUGCAGAGAUUCCCUGAACAAGUGCGUGUCUCCCUUUUCCACACCCCCAACCUGCGUGGGCUUCUCAAGCUCCUGAUUCCAGAGCGUUUUAAUGAGACCAUUGGGCUGCAGCACAUCAAGGUGUAUCUCUUUGAUGAUAAUGUCAUCCUGAGCGGUGCAAACCUGAGUGAUUUGUACUUCACCAAUCGUCAGGACCGCUAUGUUCUCCUGCAGGACUCUCCUGAGAUUGCAGACUUCUUCACGGAGUUGGUGGAUGCAAUUGGAGAUGUGUCUCUGCAGCUACAGCAAGAUGAUACAGUCCAGAUGAUGGAGGGGAUGGUACACCCCUACCAAGGGGAUAAGGUGAGAUACUGUGAGAUAGCAAAUCGAAGAGUGAUGGAGGUGAUCGACUCUGCCAGGACACGACAAGAACUCCUUCAUGCAAAGACUUUCCACAGCAGCCAGCAAGGCAGCUCCACGUUACCCCAGCAUGACUCUGAAGCAUCUGAGGGUCUGAAACCAGAACCUGACACGUGGAUCUAUCCCUUAAUACAAAUGAAGCCUUUUGGGAUUCAAAUAGAUGAGAUGGUCACAGAGACGCUGCUGACAGAGGCUGAACGAGAUGCCAGGAUAUACCUCACCACGGGCUACUUCAACCUGACACAAGCUUACAUGGACCUUAUUCUGGGCACCAGGGCAGAAUAUCGGAUUCUUCUGGCCUCACCAGAGGUGAAUGGUUUUUUUGGUGCCAAAGGGGUGGCAGGUGCCAUCCCUUCUGCCUACGUUUACAUAGAACACCAGUUUUACAAUGAGGUCUGCUGCCUUCACCAGCAGGAGAGGAUCCAGCUGCAGGAGUACUCCAGGGCUGGAUGGACUUUCCAUGCCAAAGGCCUCUGGCUGUACCUGGCAGGGAGCAGUCUUCCCUGCCUAACCUUGAUUGGGUCUCCUAAUUUUGGAUAUCGAUCCGUUCAUCGUGACUUGGAAGCUCAGGUUGCAAUAGUGACAGAAAAUAAAGCUUUGCAGCAGCAACUCCACCAGGAGCAGGAGCAGCUCUACCUCUGCUCAGGUGUUGUGUCGUCAUCAACGUUUGAGCAGCCAAGUCGACACGUGAAGCUGUGGGUGAAACUGGUAACGCCUCUGAUCAAGAAUUUCUUUUGAAAGAAGCAGAGUUGCAGCUUUGGGUUGAAGGUCCAGACGUAGGUGGGACCUCGCAUCCGUGUCUUAUAGACAGGGCAUUCGUAGACGUUCUUGGUGUCCAUGCGGUCCACAGGGACGGCUCUGAUGAAGAUGACUGG